UAUUGGUAGUCUUAGAAGGUCCUGAAGGCGGUACUUCCGGGAACAUGGCGACGUGCAGGUAGUGGAAUCCUCGUGUUUCUGUUAAGGGAACCCUGAGAUUACUGUGAGCGGCUCCGGUCGGCAGAAAGAAGGUGGCUGCACACCGGAAGGGAGGAAGAGAUGCUAAGAGGCGCAGAUAAAUAGGGAUGAUAAUAACCACUUUUGAACUGGUGAAACAUUGAGGACAGAGACUGACCCGUUUCUCAACAUGAGUGUCACCUCAGGAACCAAGGGUCGAGGAAUGCAGUUUGCUGAGGAGCAGCUGCAUAAGCACGGAUGGAUUCAAGGCAAGGGCCUGGGCAAGAAGGAAGAUGGCAUAGUCCAGGCCAUCAAGGUGAAGCUGAAGCAGGACAAUGCUGGGGUGGGACAUGACCCUUCUAAGGAGUUCACUGACCACUGGUGGAGCCAACUCUUCAACAAGACAGCUGCCAGCUUGGUGGUGGAGACUGGGAAGGAUGGAGUAAAGAUGAAGACCCAGGCCAAGGACACCAGCAAGCAGAAACGAACUGGAAGCUCAAAGUCCAGCCUUUUGUAUGGACACUUCAUAAAGAGCGCCACUCUCACUUCAGGAGGGGAGAAAGCAGAGAAGCAGAGUGAACAAAACAGCGAGGAUGAGGCACCUCUCCCAGCAAAGAUCCUGACAGAUGAGGAGCUGAUUCGAGCCUGCGAGGGACGUACUGCACACAAGGGUGCUCGCCACGGGCUCACCAUGAAAGCUAAGCUGGCACGGCUGGAAGAGCAGGAGCGGGCCUUCCUGGCGCAGUACAAAGGCCAGAACACAGGUGUACCCGACUCCCCAGCUGAGGACAUACCCCAGAAGAAGAAGAAGAAGAAGAAAAAGAAAAGUCAGGAAGAAGCAUCAGCAGCAGACAGGAGUGAUGAGCACAUGGAGACCACAGAACAGCCUGAUGAGAAUAACAGGAAGAAGAAGAAGAAAAAGAAAAAUCGGGAAGAAGCAUCAGUAACAGACAGGAGUGAUGAGCACAUGGAGACCAUUGAACAGCCUGAUGAGAAUAGCAGGAAGAGGAAAAAGAGACAAUUGGAAAAAGAAAGAGAAGAUGAAGUGGCCAUUCAAGUAGAGAAGGAAGAGGAAGAAGAAAGGAGAACCCGGAAAAGCAAAAAGAAGAGAAAAAAGGAAGCCCCAGAGGCUUAGCAAGGACUGUCCUUUGUUGGAGACCGGGACUCCAGAGGCUCCCACUUCUUUGGGCCCUUUGCCCAUUGGGGGGGGGGGGAGGA